UCUCCAUAUCGAUAUGCGUAGAAGAGCACAGGACGCUGGAUACGGCAGAACGACCGAACGAACGCUGGUGCGCGCGCGCUUACCCAUUCGAGAAUUUGGAAAGGCAGAGGGUUUGCUGCCGGUUUUCGCUGCUGCAAACGGACGUUUUUCGUGUUUUCCACGCUACGGAGAGCUUUUUUUGUGUGCCGCCAGGAAACGGAAGAUCCUGUAUCUUUGUGUGUGUGUGCGUGCGUAUGUUUGUGUGUCCGACUGUGCAAGGACUUUUCUGUAGGUGUGUGUGUGUGUGGCAGUGAAUGUUUGUGUUGAUAAGGAUUGCGUAGGUGUUGACGCGAUUGAAUCCGAAAUGAACUAACAAGCCGCUCGGUUGUUGUGUUGCGGUUCGUGUUUUUGUGUGUACCAGGAAACAAAAGCAAACAGAACAAACAUCAAUAGAGAGAGAGAGAGAGAGCAAGGGGGAAAGAGAAGGAGAGAGGCAGCGGAUGUGAAAGUGUCGAUUGAUAGCGGCUUGUGUCGAUUCGCGUUUGAACCGUCGUGUGACUGAUAAGGGAGCGGUUGUCGGUAUUAAGGCAUUAAGGCAUAACAGAGGGAAAAGAGGCCGGCCAUUCUUCGCACUCGCUUCUCAGCUCCUCAAGUGAGGUCAAAUGUUUGCUUAAUUUAUGGGUGUUUGUGAAGGUCGCGUGAAGUCACGAGUCGGAACAGGGCAAAGGAAACCCGUCGCUACGUGGCCGGGCGUACCGACAACCGUGGGCUAGAUGUUAGUGGAAGGUAUCGGUGCCGCCGUCAGGAACGUAUCGCCCGCCCCAGAAAACAUUCCCGUACCGGCCGUGUGUGCGCUUGGGAUGGACCAGCAAUCGAACGAAUCGGCAGCGGUGGCCGUGGCGGCUGCUGCAGCCGCCGCAGCCGCCGCCGCCGCCACGGGCCGCUCGGGCGGAUCGGGAUCGCAGUCGGCAGCGGGUGACUUUGCGGCAGCGGCGGCCGUAGUGCUGUCGCUACAGAACACGAUGGUCACCAGCCUGCAGCAGGCCGCCCUCAUGCCGGCCAACUCGGCCGCUGCAGCCGCCCUCAAUCUGCAGGCGCUCGAGUCGUACCUGACGCUGCAGAGGAUCACCAGCAAGUCGGAGGUGCUGCGUCUGUCCGGAUCCGCUGCGGGGCAUUCUACCGCAUCUCACCAGCGACAUCAGCCCCUGCCAUCGAUGCCGAUCACCGGACCCGCGGCCCAGACGACGAAUGACGCGGGUGGUGCUGAUGGUGGAGAUGCGAUCGGGGACGACAUGUUCAUGGACACGUCCGGCCCGUCCAUGCUGCUCCAGGGCAACGAGCUGGCGGACGAGCUGCCCGUGCUCGAUCAGGAUGAAGAUCUCAACUUUGACGACGGACCGGACGACGGAUCCGACGGGAACUCGCUCGACAACGGCUAUCCCAGCCUGCUGCUCAAUGCCGCCUUCCACCAGCAGAUGAGCGCGGACAAGAUGAAAACCCUGGCGGCGGCUGGGAGUGUCGGAACGGCACCGUCCGUGUCGGUGGCAACUUCCGCGUCGGGAGCCGUCGGGACAAAGGAUUCACACAGCCACGCGGGUGCUGCGACGGCACCGACGGCGGCAGCCGUUGCGGCCGGUGGUAGUGGCCAGCGACCGAAGAAGCAGUUCAUCUGCAAAUUUUGCAACCGACAGUUCACCAAGUCCUACAACCUGCUCAUCCACGAGCGCACGCACACCGACGAGCGGCCGUACUCGUGCGACAUCUGUGGGAAAGCGUUCCGUCGCCAGGAUCACCUGCGCGACCACCGAUACAUCCACUCGAAGGAGAAACCGUUCAAAUGUCUGGAAUGCGGAAAAGGAUUCUGCCAGUCGCGAACGCUGGCCGUGCACAAGAUCCUGCACAUGGAGGAGUCGCCCCACAAGUGUCCGGUGUGCAGCCGCAGCUUCAACCAGCGCUCGAAUCUCAAAACGCACCUGCUCACGCACACCGACAUCAAGCCGUACCACUGCAUCGCCUGCGGCAAGGUAUUCCGACGGAAUUGUGACCUCCGGCGGCACAGCCUCACGCACAACCUGGGCGCGACGGCCGGCGGUACGGGCGGCGCGUUCGAUCUGGCCGGCCCGAACGCGUCAGCUGCGGCCGGAUCGGACGGUUCGCUGGCGACCGAGAGCGACCGAGAGGAUGGCGGAUGUGAGCUGAAAACCGUAGAUCUGAUGGCGCUAGCCGAUGUGGACUGAGCGGGGCGUGAUGGGAAGGCAAACUAAAUACGAGUAUGGAUGCGUGAAUGGAUGUAUGAAAAGGCUUGAAUGUAUGUGUGUGUGUGUGUGAUGCAUGUAUGGUAAUCACCUAGAAGCGGUAUGUCCAAUAGUGUAGGUCUAAGACAGCCUGUGAGCAUUCGUGCGGGAGAAGUAAUCUAAAAGUGACUGAUAUGUUAGCGACGGUUCGUCGCUUAUGCUCUAGCAUUGUAGGAAGCAAGUCUUUCGUUUCGAGCAGCACCCCACGCUCGGUGAUAGAUUGUAAAAUAUGGUAAAUCUAAACUAAGAUCAUACUAAGUACACUAUAUCGGUGCCUUCCGGCCGGCCAGGCAAGGCUUGGACUGAUGUCGUUCUCUGAGAAUUGUCUACUUCUUCCUUCCAUUUUGCGAUUGGUUAAGGCAUAAGGACGUUUGAUUGUUAGGUACUUAUUAUUAUUAUUAUUAUUAAUAUUAUUGCUGAUAUGCCAGACAUAUGUACAACGGAUUCGAUUAUCUUCCGCUUUUGUGACGGAACAGUUUUGUGGUAAAGCAAAUAGGUAAAUAAAAUGCUAGGAAGUGUAAGCCAGGUAGUUGAUAUUAGUAAUAUAUGCUCUCAAACAGAA